AUGAGCACUCCAUGGCUGGACAGCCUUUCCGACGACUGGUCUGUCUCUGAGACUCAUACAACCCCAGUAUCGAAGGCACUAGUGCCACAAUCUUCGCCUGCUGUCCAGAAUUCCCCUAGUCGCAUUCCUGUGCCUGCCCGCCGAUCCGUGCAAAACCAUUCACAUUCGCCAAUCGACAAAAAGGUUACCCGACCAUGCCAUUUUUAUCAUCGAGAACCACCAACUCCAAAGCGCCGGACUCCCAUUACCCCCAAAAAGUUACGAUCACCACUCCCCGGAGAAAUUAAAGCCUUCAGCCCCAAGCCCAGCAGCCGUAGAUCCAGUAUGAGGGUGAGUUCGAGGCUCACCCCCGUUGCGGCUGAGAAGAAACCGAAGCCGCCAACCAUGGACACACACUCCCCUCUACGAUCGGUGUCCAACGUUUCCAACAAGUCGGAGUAUGAUACCACAAGCACUGUCCAGAUAAAACCGAAAAAGGGUCGAGAUGAGAGAGGGUCGACACCCGAAUGGCGAAAACGAUUGGUGCGCGGAGAGUUUGGGGCGGGAGAACAACGCGAUCUCUUUGCGCCGAUCGGUCUGGAAAGCGUGUUCAAACCUCCCACGCCGGGAUCAAGUGCUCAGAAAGACUUGAAUCCAUUCACUAAACAAGAGGACCAUCUUUGGGAUUUCACAGACACGACUUCAAGACGGAGUAGUACUGUGGAUGAUGAUGAUGUUGACGCGGAUGAAGAACGCGUCAAUGAUGAAAACUAUACUGAAAUGGAGUCGCCAUUCGGGACGGUCAACGUGCGCAGUAAACCCAAAGAGCUCAACAACGAUGAGAAUUCGGCUGUCGACCAGGAAGGGUCAUCGCAAGCAGAAAAUACGUCAAUGCGAACCGCCAGCAGGUUGGAAGAUCUUCGCAACGAGGGCAUUACACCAAUCACCUUUACCCAGCCCAAUACACUCGAAGGAAACGCCCCGUCUGAGUUGGUCAAGUCGGCAUUGAAACAAGUCACAAACAAGCUGGCAAGCUUGUCAAUAGAUAAUGGCAGCCGACCAGGUUCAUCAGCAAGCGACAGCUUCCUCUUCAACAACAACAACAACAAUAACAACAAAGACACCGAGAAUGGAAUUGAUGGAUCAUCACAAGAAGAUAGUUUGUUAGACUUGACGAGCCAGUCCUUACCGCAGGAUCUGUCAAUGGGCACCGUGGAUUUCUCUAGUCGACGCCCAAGUAGCCGCCCUCUCCCCGGCAAAUUCUCCCCUUCGCCCUUUCCUUCCCAGAGCAAGUCUUCCGCAACCCUUGCCAACACAAAAAUACGAAGUUCCCCACUAUUCAACCCCUCGCAUGGGCACGGAUCACCUGUUCUUCCUCUACCCUCUUCCUCUCACGUUCGCCCAUCGACAUCGGGAGCAGCAGAUGCGCCAACGAAAGACAUCGCCAUGCCAUCAUCUGGUAGUCCUCUCAAACUUUUCGGUGAGCAUGACACCUUCACAAACAACAGACUCUUGCGGCGGAUGAGUCAAUUUGAGGAAACAUUCCACGAUGGGUCAGAUGGUGAGGAUCCACCAUCACCUUCCGAAGAAGCGCGACGGAAGGGUGAGAACCGCAGCUUUUUGAACAUGAGAAAUGAGCCACUGAGAGAGAUCUCAUCAAUAUACAAUGAGCGCCUCGCAUCUCGCAACAGCGGCCGCCCUCAAUUGAACCGAUUUGGUGACGGGGAGCUAGACCAAUUCGACUUUUCCGACACGAGUCCUUAUGGGAAUAAACUAGUUUAUGAAUCGAAAGACAUUGAAAACCGCCCAGCUUUUCGGAAGAAGUCAUCGGGUCGACAGCAGUAUCUUCAUCGUGGCUCGCAGCAAGAAUCAGCAUACGGCUACAGAUCAAGCAGCUCUGGUUUCACUCGAAAGCCAUCUAACUGGUCCCGCAAUAGCUACAAUACGCAAGAUGCCACUCGGUCCUCUCGGGUCAACAGAAAGGAGAAUGCUGCCCCCGAGGCUAAACGAGUCCCCAAAGCAGCAUCAGACCCGAAACCGAAGCGCCGCCGAACAAUUAUGCAGGACGUCAGUGCUGAGUCUCAUGAGAAUGGAGACCAAGCUUCGAAAUCAGCCAAUGGGAUGUCAUUACUUCAAAGAAGCCUAAUUAAACAAGGUAUCCAGCUUGAGAACAGUGACUUCCUUGCUCCCCCCGGUGCCUCUCUGUCUAUUCAGAGGCCUCGAACCCCCACUCCCAGCCAAAUAAAGCUGGCAAAUGAAGCAGCGCUAGCGGCUAGCAGGAAUUACUCGGAAUCAAACUACGAUAACAUUGACUACUCGGACUCAUUUACCAUGGACGGGGACAUUCCAUUCGUGAAAAUCACCGGUACCAGUGAUACUUCGCGGAAAGGAUCCAUUACAACCCAGGAUUACUUGAAUGAAGCCACGAAGAUCAUGGAUUUAAUUCGAUCCAAGGGUCGGCGGGCCGCCGGGAUGACCAGUCUACAGGAGCGUGAAGGAGACAGCGAAGAUGAAGAAGAUGCUAGCUUUGAGGAUGAAUCUACUCAAGAAGCAUUUUCCCGUCCCCCCAGUCGGGAUGGGAUAGAUCUUCGCAAGAUACGGGAACAAAAGGAACUCAACCCGCAAAUACUCAGUUAUCUAAAAAUGUAUCAAGAAAAGGAUGUUGAGGGGAAAGUUCUUGGAGAAGGGGAACUUCAUGAGCCAAGACAACCCUCUAUCUCAGGUCCGAGAAAGCGAAAACCUAGCCCAACGGACGACGUUGCGGAGAAGAUUGCCUACGACCUGAUGACAAUCAAUACUCAAAUAUCCGGUUUCAGUGUCCGUUCCUUUCCGACCGGCUCUUCCCAAAACUCCCAGGCCAAAGGCGUGUUGACAUCUGACGUUCUCUCACAUUUGAUCCCUGCGCAAGUGAAUGGGUUUACAUAUGACCGCACGAAAAAUCAAUGGGUCAAGGAAGAUUCUGAACAUCCAACAUCGCCAUCUGCAGAAAGCGACGAGCAUGAUCCCUUCCAGGACAUCCCAGAUUUGAGUGUGGAUGAGCUCCAGGAAAUGCUGCGUGUCCACGGCCUUGACUCUUCUACGAAGAGUUUGCCUGACCAAAGCCACGACCUGGACGUACCUAAGCUCCGCACUGAGAAAGCUCAUGAAUUAAAUGUGCCUCAUCAGCCAGCUGCAAAUUCUUCACCGAAGAAGGCCGAUGCUCGUCCUCCCAUUGGUCGUGAAACCUCGGUGGGAGGUGAGAUAUUCAUUCCACGCCCUAUCUCCCGCAUUGAAGAGCAGAGUGAAGAAGCAUCAGAAAAUCUUAGUGUUAUCCACAGAAAAGAUUUACUCGAUGUCCAACGAACCCCUACUCAACAUUUCGAGAAUUCGCUGGUCCCCAUUGGAACCUUGGGCCAUGAUAACAGCUACAGUUUCCAUCUUAGCCCACUGGCAGACUUCUCAGUCAACCAAUCAGACCAUCAUAUGAAUCUCGAAUUGAGUUACGUGGCUCAGCGUACGAAUCCCCAAUCUUUAAGACAGGUGCAUGGUACUUUUGCCCUGGCCAUUGAAGAGCUGGUCAAGCAUAUCACUGCUGCUGCGCCAAACGUGACAUUCUGGGACGAUCUUCGUCGAUUGGUUCUUCGUCAGAAAGGCCUAAUCACAUUACACAAGUUGAAUGAUUUCUGUCCCCGUCUCGAGGAGCUGGAUGUUUCUGACAACGAGAUUGGCCAGUUGAGUGGAAUUCCCCCCCCCUGCGAACGUUGA